AUGAUCCCGUUCGGGGUCCCCCUUCCGUUGUUGACGGAUUCUUACAAAACGACCCAUUUUGAGCUAUAUCCUGAGGCCAAAAAGAUGAUCGCGUAUGGUGAAUUCCGCACAGGCUAUGACAAGGAUCUGAAUGACCGCCGUAUCGUUGCCUACGGCAUUCGCUACAUUAUUGAGAACUAUGUCUCCAAACCAUGGACCUUGGAAGACGUUGCCCUUGCGGAAAGGUUCUUUUCCAUGCAUAAUGCGGGGUACACACAAUUUCCUUUUCCUAAGGAUUUGUUUAUAAAAUUUAUUGAAGAAAACAAUGGUUACUUUCCUGUGAAGAUUGAAGCUCUACCGGAAGGAACCGUCGCGUAUCCGCGUGUCCCCAUCUACCAGAUCACCGCAGAAAAUGAAUAUUCCCGCCUUGUUACCUACCUGGAAACGAUUUUGACCAUGGUUUGGUAUCCUUCCACAGUAGCCACACUAUCAAGAAGGUCGCGAGAUGUCAUUGAGGCUGCAUACGAGAGAUCGGUGGAUGAAGAUGGCUACUGGACACUGAAUAGCCGGCUGCACGAUUUUGGUUUCCGAGCGUGCACAUCGGUUGAGCAGUCAAUCAUUGGCGGAUGUGCUCACUUAUUGAACUUCGAAGGAACCGACACCCUCAGCGCGGCCUUCUAUGCCCAAUUCCGACUGAAUGAUGGGAAACCCGUGGCCACUUCUAUCCCGGCAACGGAGCAUUCUGUGAUGACCGCAUACCCAACCGAAAAGGAAGCAAUUAUCCAGUUGUUGGAUAAGUUUGGCACCGGCGUUUGCGCUUGCGUCAUGGACUCGUACGAUUAUGUCAACGCCCUGGACAAUGUUCUUCCGAUUAUAGCCAAGCAUAAGCUGGAAAAGGGUGGAUUUCUUGUUUUGCGUCCUGACAGCGGCGAUCCAGUUGAAGUGGUGUUACUCGGCUUGAGGGCAAUUGAGAAAGUCUUUGGUGCAGACACCAAUAAGAAAGGGUUCAAGGUCCUGCGAGGAGCCAGUAUCAUCCAAGGAGACGCCGUCACCUACAGCACGCUGCAGGCGAUCCUCAAAGCAGUCACAGAAGCCGGAUAUGCUGCACAAAAUAUAGCCUUUGGGAUGGGUGGAGGGCUGUUGCAGAGAGUAAAUCGGGAUACGAUGAGUUUUGCUACAAAACUCAGCAAGAUGAUCUAUCUCGACGGGACAGAGAGAGAUGUGAUGAAAAUGCCGAAAACCGGAUCCGAAAAAAUCAGUCUUCCUGGCGAAUUUGUCGUCAUCAAAAAUGAACAGCAGGUUCCCAUGGUAUAUCCUCGCGAAGCCGGCCCUGCGGGUGAGAACCUCCUAAAAGUCGUCUAUGAUAAUGGGGUAGUGCCCAAGUUCGAUGAUUACACGACAGUACGACAGCGUGUGCGUAAAGAAUGGGCCGCGCUUCCUCCUGCAUUCGACGUGCUUUCUCCAGAGCUUAAGGAAAAGAUCAAGAAAGUUAAAUCUAUAACUAACGUAGCUAUCGGGAAUUAG